AUGCAGCAGACAACACAUUUACCCCAACCUACCAGUACAAUCCAAGCAACAUUUGUAUCGGCAAGCAAAUCUACAACUACAACCCAGCCUACAACUCUUACAAUCCCACCCACCACAAUUACAACUCAGUCUACAGCUACAACUACAUCCCAACAACUUCAUACCAAACCAACUUUUACAAACCAAAUAAAUACACAACAACUUUCAAUCAAGCCGUUGCCAGGAACCCGAGCAGAAGAAAAUUAUCUUGAAUUAGAGUUUAGCCAAACAUCCACUGAACCAAUUCCCAGCAACACCGACUCUCUGGAGACUCUAAAAGAAGCAGCUGCAACUCCAACGUCAGGCUUCAACCUCACCAUUGAUGUCACCACUAUUAAUGUCAUUAAAUCAGUGCAGAUAAUUCCGCUGACAAUCCUCACCAACGGAAACUUUGUGGCUGCUCUUUCAAAUAAAAGUUCGACUGAAUUUCAGAACAGGGCUUCGCUGAUAAAAACAGGGCUUGAACCUUUCUUCUUUGCUGAUUACCCUACAUCAUUCAGCACUUUAUCCUUAACAAACAUCAGUGAUGCUGGUGUAAAAUUAAGGAGUGUGCCCUCGCUCCAAAACAGCAUGGAUGUUGUAUUCGGAGCGGAUGCUGUUCUACCCAAUAGCACCCAGACAGUGAACACUGUAGUUCGAGCAGCCAGAAACAAUACGCUACCCUUCCAGAUCUUCAUUUCUUCAAUUGUGGUCAUUUCUAUUUUAGAUUGA